ACUCUCAUCAGGACCAGUGCUGAAGGCUCAACUAGGUUAGGGGGAGAAGGUUAAACACGCUCUCCAUCGCCGUGGCAACCCCUUCAUCUAGCUGAACGACUAAUAGCUAUUACAGUGGGUUACCUCAUCGGCGUUAACGUUACAUGAUGGGUAAAGCAGGUGCGGUGUUGGUCUUUCGUACUAUGAAUCAUAGGCAAGCUAGCUAGCUGUAUCAUCCCUCCACACAGAGCAAGCUACAGCUGUGUUGAUUCCUCUGCUCUGACUCCAUCUACCGCUGACAGUGGGGCAAAUGAGUGAACCGGUGAAGAGUUUGCCUUCCCCUACUUCUUCAGGGGGGCAACCUGCGGGGUCUGAUACCUACAAAGGCUGGCUGUAUAAAUGGACAAACUACUUGAAGGGCUACCAACGCCGGUGGUUCGUCCUUAGCAACGGCCUUCUGUCAUAUUACAGGACUCAGGCAGAGAUGGCCCACACUUGCCGUGGCACCAUCACCCUGGCGACGGCACACAUUGAGGUGGGUGACACCUGCCACCUGGUGCUGACCAGCGGAGGGCGGAACUACCACCUGAAGGCCACUUCCGAUGGGGAGAGUCAGCGCUGGGUCUCGGCUCUCCAACAGGCUAAGGCCAACACCACUCACAUGAUGCACCAAUCAGAUGACUCUGGAGACGAGGCCCCCGUGCCCCAGCCAGACCGGGCCCUGACCCAGGGGGCUCUGAAGACUCUGGCCAGUAAGCUGGACGACCUGAGCACCUGCAACGAGCUAAUCGGCAAACACGGCACCGCCCUGCAGCGAUCCCUCAGCGAGCUCGAGGACCUACGCACGGCCACCGACGGCACCGACAAACUCAAGACCGUCAACGAGCGUGCCACGCUCUUCCGCAUCACCUCCAAUGCUAUGAUCAAUGCCUGUCGGGACUUCCUGGAUGUAGCUGAGACACACAGCCGAAAGUGGCAGAGAGCCCUGCAGUAUGAGAGAGAACAGCGCCACCACCUGGAGGAGACUAUUGAACAGCUAGCCAAGCAGCACAACAGCCUGGAGAGGGCCUGGAGAGAGGCUCCCAGCACACACCCAGACGGAGGUGAGAGAACGCAGGAGGGGGACGCCAGUGAUGAGAAUGAAGACACAGAGUUCUUUGAUGCCAUGGAGGACUCCCCUGCCUUCCGCAUCCCAGACAAACCCAACUACUCCCUCAACUUGUGGAGCAUCAUGAAGAACUGCAUCGGCAAGGAGCUGUCCAAGAUCCCCAUGCCUGUGAACUUCAACGAGCCCCUGUCGAUGCUGCAGCGUCUGACUGAGGAUCUGGAGUACAGUGACCUGCUGGACCGGGCGUCUCGCUGUGAAUCGUCCCUGGAGCAGAUGUGCCUGGUGGCAGCCUUCUCUGUGUCCUCCUACUCCACCACCAUCCACCGCACUGCCAAGCCCUUCAACCCCCUGCUGGGGGAGACCUACGAGCUGGACCGCCUGGACGACUUGGGCUACCGCUCCAUCUGCGAGCAGGUCAGUCACCACCCCCCAGCCGCCGCCCACCAUGUGACUUCACAGCGAGGCUGGACCCUGUGGCAGGAGAUCACUAUCGACAGCAAGUUCAGAGGGAAAUACAUUUCUGUCAUGCCAUUAGGCUGUAUCCACCUGCAGUUCCACUCCAGUGGGAAUCACUAUGUGUGGGGCAAAGUUACCUCCACGGUGCACAACAUCAUAGUAGGAAAACUGUGGAUUGACCAGUCUGGGGACAUUGAAAUUGUCAACCACAGGACCAAGGACACCUGCCACCUCAAGUUUGUCCCUUACAGUUACUUCUCCAGAGACCUCCCACGCAAGGUGACAGGUGUGGUAGCAGACAGCGAGGGCACGGCCCACCAUAUCCUGUCUGGGACCUGGGACGAGAAGAUGGAGAGUGCCAAGAUAGUAGAAAGCAGCCGGGGAUGUGGAGGGUCAGAGGGCAAACAAAAGACUGUCUACCAGACCCUCCAGCCCAAACUGCUGUGGAAGAAAUACCCACUUCCGGAGAAUGCUGAGAACAUGCACUUCUUUUCCUCCCUGGCCUUGACCCUGAACGAGCCUGAGGAGGGCGUGGCCCCCACUGACAGCCGCCUGAGGCCCGACCAACGGCUGAUGGAGUCGGGGCUGUGGGACGAGGCCAACGCCCACAAACAGCGUCUGGAGGAACGACAGAGGCUGGAGAGAAGGAAGAGGGAGGCACAGGCCACACAGGCCCUGGAAGAAGACUCCUUAGGGCAAGACUUUGAGGGCUUCCAGCCGCUGUGGUUCGAGAGGAGGACAGAUGAUUCAACGGGGGAGAGCACUUACGUGUACAGGGGUGGAUACUGGGAGUCCAAAGACAGACAGGACUGGAGCCAAUGCCCUGAUAUCUUCUAAGACUCUGCCCCUGGGACUGUGACAUCAUCACUGGAGGGCCGAGCUGAGGGACUGAUCGACAAGCAAAGGGAGGAUCCACACGCUGAAGACGCAUGGAGAUGUGGACAGCUCUUUGUCUGUGUAUGUGUAUUUGUGUGUGUUCCAGAAAGACAGAGCCCUCCAUUGAGAAUAAUGUAAACUUCCCAUACUUCAAGAACUGAGAUAUAAACAUAAUCUGUCCCCCUCCCCGAUGUAGUUCUCUAAUCAAACAGGCUCUGUAUCAUAACACCUGUGUGUAUCUCACUCACUGAGUGAGUGUGUGAGUGUGUGUGCAACAGCGUGAGUGAGUCGGACAAAUAACUAUUUAUGACAGAAUAUUUUGAGUGUGAGGGAAAGAGUUAGAAAAUAGCUACUGCAUGGAAAACCAUAUGUUUUUGAGCUGGUAUGUAUGGUGGUGCCUGGUGCCCCAUUGAUCUGGUAAUAAGGUAAUAACUAGCGUAAGUAUAUAAUAUUAUACAAUAAUAGGCAGAGGCCAGAAGGAAAGUGAAAGAGUUUGGGUUUUGGUGCUAGGAUAGGAUAGGAUGUCCUGUUCCUCUGAGCUGGUUAGGAACAGAGUGUUCCUCCUGCUGGAGAUAUAGAGGCCUGCAUUUAUGUUGCACUGGCCAAUAGGAAUGUCAGGAGAUAAAGCUCCCCAUGUUUGUCUAACUGAAAGGUAAUGAAACAAAAAGCUGCACAUAGAAAUAGAGUAACCAGAACAGACACGACUCUCUACUUCAAGUAUCUCCAAUAUACUUUACAUAUCUAUAUGGAACAUUAUGUUUCCUUCCAUGCAACAACUAGGCACUCCCCAGGUUUGUAACAAACUGCUUUUCUGCAGUGCAUGAAAACACAGGUGUAGAGGACGCUGGUAUCACUAUGGGCACUUUUGAUUUAAUAUCUGUACAGACAUAAUCUCUGAGACCCAGAACUAAAAUCUAUACCAGUUAUGUUACGUGUGUCUGUCCACGAGAUUAGUACAGACCUAAAAUAAUUAGGGGAAUUUUGAGGAUGUAACAAGCUACCCACGAUUAUAUCGAUUUUGUUCAAAUGUCUUGAUUUCUCAAAUGUUGGUCAUACAGUCGCUAGUGAAAGUCUACACCUCCCUUGCACAGUCUUCACAUUUUGUGAAUUAAUUUUGCUGCCUUAAAAUGUAAUCUCAAAAGGGAAUACAUUUGAUUUAUUUCCUACCGAUCUACACAACCGUAUCCACAUUUUUAAGUUAAAGAGAAUUCUAGAAAAAUAUCAAAAUUAAUACUAUAUAAAAAACAAAGAUGUCUUCUUUGCGUAUGUCUUCACAGCCCAGAGUUAAUGCUUGGUGGAAGCACCUUUGGGCAACAUUUAUCCAUUGUUUUUAUCAAAAUUGCUCAUGCUCAAUAAAUUUGGGUGGGAGUCAUUGAUGGACAGCAAUAUUCAAACCUCAAAUUUAAGUCAGGAACACUCAACACCUCUUAGAAAUCCAUUCUGGUGUUUUUGACGUUUUAAAUUGUGUAAUCAUCCCACAAUAAUAAAACUCCCAGGGUUAGCUUUUCAGAAGACUGAGGUGGGUUUUCCUCUAAAUUUCAACCUGGGCUUUGCUCCUUUCUAUUUUAUUUUAUCCUGACAAACUCCCCAGUCCCUGCCGGUGACAAGCAUACCCAUAACAUGUUGCUGCCACCACACUACUUGAAAAAACUGAGGGUUUCACUCAGUGUUGUGUUGUAAUGGAUUUGACCCAAGCCUGUAGUUUUUAAUUUGGGCAAAAAAGUCCAUGUCUGCCGUGUUGUCUUGCAGUAUUACUUAACAGCCUUGUUGCAAACAGAAUGGAUGAUAUGGAGUGGAUUUUUUAAAACAGGCUUUAUUCUUUUCACUUUGUCAUACAGGUCAGUAAUGUGGGUGUGAAUGCAAUAUUGUUGAUCCUUUUCUAUUUUCGAGUAUUGUGGUGGCAGCAUCAUGUUAUGGGUAUGCUGGUAACUGGCAGGGACUGAGGAGUUAAUGUUGAUGGGAAAGACACACCAGAUUGGCGUUUAGGUCUUGAGUGUUCCUGAAUGAUCCAGUCUCAGUCCUGACUUAAAUAUGCUUAACAAUCUAAGACUAGGUUUGAAUAUUGCUGUCCAUCCAACGACUCCCAACCAAAUUUACUGGGCUUGAGCAAUUUUGACAAAGUAUGGA